AUGUCCCGCAAAGGAGUAGGCCUCGCGGCCUUUGAUCGCUCCCGAAUAACUUCUGCCCAGUAUGCGUCUCACGGAAAUAACCUACGGAGCUCCCAUUCGACCUCUAUAGCCACUCAACUCUCAGUCUUUCGCUCUCUCCUCCAGCAGUUCGCGCAGACUCAUGCAAAGGACAUCCGGUCAAACCCCAGCUUUCGCGCAGAAUUUGCGCGCAUGUGUGCUGCGAUCGGGGUAGAUCCACUAGCAAGUAGUAGCGGAGCUGGAGGCAAAGAUGGAGGUGGGAGCUUUUGGUCACAAUUGCUCGGUGGAAGUGUAAAUGACUUUUACUUCGAACUGGCUGUGAGAGUUGUAGAGGUCUGUGGAGCAACUAGAGAAGAGAAUGGCGGACUUAUUGGAGUCAAGGAAGUAAGGGACCGUAUCAUGAGAACCAGGGCCGAGGGAAGUACAGAAAUUACGGAUGAUGACGUCCUACGCGCUGUGGAUACUCUCAAGCCUCUUGGAUCUUCGUAUUCUACAGUCAAAGUUGGUCACAAAGUCUACAUUCGUUCUGUGCCUAAGGAGCUCAACACGGACCAAAGUGCUGUCCUUGAAGCAGCACAGGUACUGGGCUAUGUCAGUAUUUCGAUGUUGAUGUUGAAUUUACGCUGGCCAAGAGCCAGAGCGAAGACUGCUAUUGAUGACCUUGUGUCGGAAGGUAUGCUAUGGGUGGAUCAACAGUGUGAGGAGUGGGAGUAUUGGAGUCCUGGAUUUAUGCUUGAGGCGGACGGAGACAUUGGUUCAAGUUGA